CGACACCUCUCAUCGACAGCGCCCCCAAAACCUUGCUCUUUUCAGAACGAUGAUCUUCAAGGCUUCUCUUGUCUUCCUCAUCACCUCGGCAGUGGCCGCGGCCGCCCAUACUGUCCAUGUUAUCAACAAGUGUGGUGGUCCUACCACGGUCCAGAUCCCCGGCCACCCCAUUUAUGGCGCCGGCAAGCAUACUUUCAAAGGUGACGUUCGUGGCGGUAUUGCCCAGGCAUCGAAAGACAUCAACGGUCAGGGUGCUACCUCGGUCGAAUUCAGCCUCGUCAAUGGUGUCUCGUCCGCUGACAUUACGCUCAUUCCACCUCACCGCUUCAACCACCCUGCCAGGUUCACCCUCGACGAUGGCCACGGCAACUCGGUCGGCGCAACGUGCAGGAACUCCCACUGCGGCCCUCACAACGCCUUCUACAAGUUCGAUGACUACACGGCCCAGCGCCAGGUCACCGGUCCCGACUCUAACAUCAAGAUUCAAUUCUGCUGA